GCCGACGGGGCCGCCAUAGUCGACGCCAUCUCCGCCAUACAAAACGCAACCCUCGCCCUGGCCAGCACAGUCGGCGACUGGGACGGCAACAUUCUCAGCUCUAUACCGAUCGUCCUAGACUCCACCACCCUUCUCAACACCAUCAAUCAAGGUACCGCCACCGCCCAGGCAUCCGCCAACCUCACGGACCUCGAGGCGUUCACCGUGGGUGUGGACACCCUCGACCUCGUGACCGACGUCAACACGACCCUCACCACGCUCAUCGCCGCCAAGCCAGACUUCGACAGGGAUCUGUUGACCGCUGUUGUCCUCCUCAACCUGGAGCAGGAGAAGAGUGCCUCGGCGAGCUUCAGUGAUGCCAUCAUCAGCAAGUUGCCGAGUACAAUUGUUUCGACUGGGCAGACGCUGGCGGCCGAGAUUACUGCGUCAUUCGACCAGGCUAUUGAUAUCUUCAGU